UUGGAAGCACAUGCAUUUCUCGAUUGCGACUUUCAUCCAACUAUCGGGAAGAGAUGACUUUGAGACCAACUAUUUGAUGAACCUUGAAGCACUAACUAGUAUCACAGACACAGAAGGCAGGAAAAGCCUCGUCGUCGUCCGAUGACAAGUCUGACAAGUCAUCAACGAUCCGGUCUGGAAGUGAGGACGGACGGACGUAUGGAGUAGACUACGCCAGACCGAAAACGGGUGACCGGUCCUCCAUGGUAUCGAAGCCGUUGUGUCUUGAAGCCGUCGGGCUCUUAUCAAACCCCAAGCCUUCUGGUCUCUGGAUGCUACCUUGGCUUAACCCCAAUUGCUUACCAAGGCGUUUCUUAUGGCCUCUUGCUCUUGUUCCCGCGCACCACUUUCAUUGCUUUUCCCGACCUGCAAUUCUGCACUGGACACGCACAAUUGCCGUAUCCCCGUUGCUUCAGGUUGCUCGCUGACUUGCUUUAGAGGGAGUCGGGAGAAAGGCUUCAGGAUUCAGGAAACAUCCGUACCUAUUCGUACAAACACGCAGCAAGAGAAGAGAAGGAGAACCAACCUACGGAUACAGUGUUGCAGAGUACGGAUACAAUCCAUGGAUCUGCGUCGCAAGCGACAAAGCCUCCACGAGUCCACCCCCGUGCCUUGCCCCCUAGUGCACACCCCAAGUUGUACCGAUUGGCCUUAUUCGCGGCUCGCCCUGGUUGGAACCCUGCUUCAUUCUCGCAGGGCUUCCCACGACCUCCCACACACACCACUCUCACCUCACCCCCGAGAAAAAACUCUGGCCACCCCCCCUAGUCCAUUGCCGGCGGUCUUGGCCCAGGGCGGACAGGGCCUGUCUGCGUGGGAUAGCCCAGAAGUCCCAAGCCGCAGCCUGUGGCCUCCUCACAGACUCGCACUCCUUGGAGAGGUCUCUGGACCAUGGGCUUUUUUGGCCGCGUCGGGUGAGUCCUGCCGUACCCGUUUAGCUUGCCCGCCACAAGCAGGGCUAGUCGCCAUGCCGCCCGCAACGCAACUCUGCGCAGACAGUCGGGGCGCCGGGGCAUCCACAUUCAUAAGCUUCGCGCAUCCCACGCCCGUUCUGACUGCUUCGUCCCGUCGUCUCACCCAGUGCUGUCCUUUCCGAUCACCCUGCGACGGCCCUUUGCGCUCAUUUUCGAGGCUUCGCUCAUACGAGGAGCCAGCUGACAGGCUUCUUAAUACGACGAUCAUCGACCGUCGACUGCAACUCGCCAACUUCUAGUGGAGUAUUGCUCUCGGUACCCAUCCACGACGACUACGACUACGUCUAGGCUCAGGCCCUCCAAUUGCCGAUUCGGCGAUAAGAUAGCGGCGGCGACGACAAUUCCGUCACGAUGGCAUCCCCUCUCGAUCUCGAAAACCUCGACUAUGUGCAUCUCAUACCCUACAAUGGUUCUGGACCCACAGGAGGAGAUUCUCUCACCGAGGAUCUGAACAUUUGGUAUGAGACUGGUGACAUUGGAUGGAUGAUUACAGCCACCGCGCUGGUGUUGCUUAUGAUUCCUGGCGUCGGUUUCUUCUACUCAGGACUCGCGAGAAGAAAAUCGGCACUUUCUCUCAUUUGGCUUUCCGUCAUGGCCACCGCUGUCACCAGUUUCCAAUGGUUCUUCUGGGGUUACUCACUAACCUUCUCACACUCGGCUGGUGCAUUUAUUGGAGACCUGUCAAACUUUGGAUUCAAGGACGUCCUCGGCCGUCCCUCUGUUGGCUCAAGCCGCCUCCCCGAUCUUCUGUUCGCCGUCUACCAGGGCAUGUUCUCCUGCAUCACCGUUGCUCUUGCGACUGGAGCUGUCGCUGAACGUGGCCGCAUGCUCCCCUGCGUCAUCUUCAUGUUUAUCUGGGCGACAGUCAUUUACGACCCGAUCGCUUGCUGGACGUGGAACCCCAGUGGAUGGUCCAACAAGAUGGGUGGUCUCGACUUCGCCGGAGGUACACCCGUCCAUAUCGCGUCUGGCACAGCCGCUCUGGCCUACUCGAUGAUGUUGGGCAAGCGCCGCGGUCACGGCACCCACGAACUCAACUACCGACCUCACAAUGUCACCCACAUUGUCAUCGGCACCGUCUUCCUCUGGGUCGGCUGGUUCGGUUUCAACGCUGGCUCAGCUCUCUCUGCCAACCUUCGCGCUGUUCUUGCCGCUGUUGUCACCAACCUGGCAGCCUGCGUCGGCGGUAUUACUUGGUGCGUGUUGGACUACAGGCUGGAACGCAAGUGGUCUACCGUGGGCUUCUGCUCUGGUGUCGUUGCCGGCCUGGUCUCCAUCACACCAGGAUCCGGAUACGUCCCUGUCUGGGCUGCCGUUCCCUUUGGUAUUCUUGGUGCGGCUUUCGCCAAUUACGCGACUAAGCUCAAGUUCAUCCUCAGAAUCGACGACGCUCUCGACAUCUUCGCCGUUCACGGCAUUGGCGGUCUCGUCGGCAAUGUCUGCACUGCCUUCUUUGCUGCCAACUACAUUGCUCACCUCGAUGGAGUUUCCGAAAUUGACGGAGGCUGGAUCAACCACAACUGGAUCCAGCUCGGAUAUCAGUUGGCUGAUUCCUUCAGCGGUGGCGCUUACUCCUUUGUCGGCACUUGCACUAUCCUCUUCAUCAUGAACAUGAUUCCCGGCCUUCGUCUCCGUGCCACCGAAGAGGCGGAGAUCUUGGGUAUUGACGAUGCCGAAAUUGGCCAGUUCGCCUACGAUUACGUCGAGCUCACUCGAGAGGUGCUCAACGAUAUGGACAAUGAGGCUGCUAGCCGCUACUCCAACGACAUGGCUUCUUUCCAGCCGAUGGAGAAGAACAACAGCAUUCCCUUGAUGGAUGCCCGCAACUUUGCCGGGUCAUCACAAUAUCCCUCACAAUUCGGACACGCGCAAUGAAGCGCGAUGAGUAUGGGUUUUACACAACACUGACGGCUCAUCGCCCUUCUUCGGCACAUCAAUCGUGCACACGCUCUUAGUUCGACACGGCCCCGCUGUACAUAACGACACCACAAUCAGCCCAAGGCACUGUCGCUGGUCCAACUAAGGGGAAGCCUCGGCUUGCAAUUGGCAAGCCGCAGAGCCGAGUGACAGCUGUACGAUACAGUGGCACAGCGAAACGCCACAGUCUAGGAGAACGAGGACACGAGGAAAAUGUUAUUGUAUAUAUUAGUUGGAUUUAAAGCUACGAUGAUACCAUGGGAAGCGAAGAAUGAGAUGGUGUACUCUCGACCAUCUGUCCUUGUAAUUAUGACCAAAAAGCCAGACCGGCCCGUCACGAUUUUGGGUAGUUUCUUUCGACCUAUAGACCAAAAUUUCAAACAAACACUUUUUUCUUUAUUC